AGUCGUACUUUUAAUUCGUGUUAUAACAUCCAAAUCACUCGCUAUUCGCAAGUAUGAAGAAGGUUGCAAUAGACUGCGAAAUGGUCGAAGGCUAUUCUAAGAAGUUGCUAGCCAGAGUUUCCAUCGUCAACGAUUCAGGUGAUGUCAUAUACAACGAAUACGUGCAACAAAAUGACGUAAAAAAUUACCUGGAGUGCAUAACAGGUAUUAAUGCUGCCAUUCUACGCAGUGAAGGUAUACCCUUUAUCGUAGUUCAAAGAGAGGUAGCAAAACUCAUUAAUGGUCAUAUACUUGUGGGACACGACUUAAGAGCAGAUUUGGAGGCUCUAGGUCUAACUCAUCCAGUUGACAAAAUCAUUGAUACAUACAAGAUUAAACCUUAUAGUUCACAUCCAACUCCAUCAUUGAAAUUUUUGGCAAAACACUACUUGGGCAAGAAUAUACAGCAGGGCGUCCACGAUUCAGUGGAAGACGCUAGAACUGCCAUGGAGCUUUGUCUUAGAGUUUAUCCGAAAUGAGAUCCCAGUUGGGAUAAAUAGAAGCAUUGCCGACUGAAGCAUGUCUGACUGGUCAUAAUG